CCCCGCGCGGGGCACGCCGGGAAGAUGGAGAACUUCUCGGCGCUGUUCGGUGGGGCUGAGCCGCCUCCCGCUGCCGCGGCCGCCGCCUUGGGCUUCGGGCCUGCCAAGGCGCCGGGCACCGCGGCUGCGCCCCCCCCCGCCGCCGCCGCGCCGCCGGCGGGCGAGGACGCGGCCCGUAAGGCUGCUGCUGGUCCCUUCUACCUGCUGCGAGAGCUACCAGGCACCACGGAGCUGACGGGCAGCACCAACCUGAUCACGCACUACAACCUGGAGCAUGCCUACAACAAGUUCUGCGGCAAGAAGGUGAAAGAGAAGCUCAGCAACUUCUUGCCCGACCUGCCGGGCAUGAUCGACUUGCCCGGCUCCCAUGACAACAGUAGCCUGCGCUCCCUCAUCGAGAAGCCCCCCAUCUGCAGCAGCUCCUUUACCCCUCUUACUGGCACCAUGCUGACUGGCUUCCGCCUCCACGCCGGCCCGCUGCCUGAGCAGUGCCGGCUGAUGCACAUCCAGCCACCCAAGAAGAAGAACAAGCACAAACACAAGCAAAGCCGAACCCAGGAUCCCGUUCCCCCAGAAACCCCCUCAGACUCCGACCACAAGAAGAAAAAGAAGAAAAAAGAGGAGGAUCCAGAAAGGAAAAGAAAGAAGAAAGAGAAGAAGAAAAAGAAGAAUCGCCACAGCCCAGAGCACCCAGGGGUGGGCAGCUCCCAGGCCAGCAGCAGCAGCUUGCGGUGAGGCCAUGCCAGUGCCACCCCAGGGACCCUCCUGCCAACAGAAAUGGCCUGGGCUGAUGUAGGAGGAACUGACCCCUCCUGCAGCACUCAGUGUGGGACUCGGGCUGGCCUGUUGCCCCCCCUGGGCAGAGAGGACAUUCACAUCCCCCACUUGUAUUGUGCAGCCAGCUGGGACCAGGGAACAGAGGCACUGCUGGCCGCAGCCUUUUAUGCCAAAAGCACCUGGUGCAUCAGGACCUCUCUUUUUAGUCACCUUUUAAUUAAAAGCCUCUGCUCUGAGCAGGGGUGGUGGCAGUGGCAGCUGCACCCCUCAGUAUCAUGGCAAGGUGAUGUGACCAGGGUGAGGCCAUGGGGUGCUAUGGCCUGGGAAAAGAGGUUAUGGGUGGCAGCACCUCUCACCUCCACCACCCUGCACAGCAGCUCCUGUGCCAUCUGCUGCCUGCAAAGCAGGGACAGAAGGAUCCUGCUGCAGGGCUAGAAAGGGCUCUGUGCCCCCUGCCAGGUGAGGACAGGAGUGGCCCCCAAGAGGCCCUGUGUCUGGACAGCUGCCAGCCAAAUGCCUGGGACCAUGGCUGUGUGCACCAGGAGCUCCAGAAGCAGUCGUGCCACAACACCUAGGUCCUCCUUUGGCCACAGCGUCCUGUGCGGUGUCCUGCGCCUCACCAGCUCCACUCCAUCUCGCCCAGAGACACUUCUCUUCACACCCUGGAUUAAAACUUGCCUUCCGUGGGAGCAGAGCUUGCCCCAAAGCCACUCAAGGAGGUGUCUCCCUGAGAUGGGGCCAGGCUUGCCUUUUCCUCAGGCCUCUUUCCUUGAGAGGAAGGCUGAGAAUCCUUCCGGACUCCAUCCCUGGAUGCUAAACAAAGCACACAUAUGCCCGCUGGGGUGGCUCAUUAAAUAUCCUUUUAUUCCUCA